AUGCUUGCUGCACUUGGGCAGGCACAGCUGGAGGACCCACCAGUUCGAAGACUGGCCUUCGCUUGGCGAAUAGGAAGCUGGAGCUCUCGUAAGGGCGUAUUGGCUUGGGCUUCGCUUGCCUGCAGUUCGCGGAACCUUGGCUGCGACACGCGUUUGCAGGCUAGCCAGCAACGCAAGUGCCAGCGCAGUGCUGUACCAUUUCAGUGGUCCUGCUCAAAAGAUCCCGUUGAGCGCUCGAGAGGGGCGAAAUCCCCAGAGAGUGAUGACAGAGAAGUGUUCAGAAAGCCGCAUUCUCCGAGCUCGGAAAGGGACGCUGUUGUUGCAAAAAGCGCGAAAGAGCAGAGGCCUGUCACUCAGACUACGGCAAACGUUGUGGAAGGAGGCCAUAACGAAGAGCGCAACGACCGCGGCGCGCCCGCUGACUCGCUCGCAGCACUUCAAGAGGAUUUGCCGCUCAUUCGUCAGAUAUUCGGGGCAGAUACGUUUUUCCCCACAGAGGAUGUUGUUGGGAAACGCGGUGUCGUCUAUCGGGGCAACUUGCGCAAUAAGCCGGAUGAAGUCUACCGGCGCCUUGCUAAGCGACUGGAAUCACUUCUGGGAGAUAGAUAUAUAUUAUCUCUUCUGGAAGGAGAUGAAAACGGAAGAGCAUUCGUUCUAAUCGAACCAAACGGUACCUUGGCAGGAGACAGUACGGCACGGCCCUUCUCGGUGAAGAAGGAGGAUGUGCUCACGAUCAUGCUGGCGCUCUUGUUUUGCAUCCUAACUGGAAUGACCAUUUUUCUAAGGGUAGGCACCAUUCUUGGUCCCGAAUAUGGUGAAAUUCGCCGGAUAACGUUUCAGAAUGGGGUGAAACCUGUUUUCUUCAGCUUUUUUUCAACCUUGAUUGCCGCGCAACUCCUCCAGCGACUCCUCGCGUGGAAAUAUAGAUGUUCCAUUGGGACGCCAAUUCUCCUUCCGAGCCCGCAGCUCGGGAGCUUUGGCUCCGUGUACCAUCUAGACCAAUCGCCUCCCGACCGCAAGGCUCUUUUCGACAUCGCCAUGGCAAGUGGUGGCCUCCCAUUCAUCGUUAGUAUUCUGAUCUUCACCGUUGGUGUGAUCAUGACUUCUUUUGCUGUGGGACUGCCACUCGCAUCUGUCCACGGCUCGUUGAUGAACGUGCGGAAUUUUGUAUACGUACCGGAGCAAUGGAUUUACCGUGAUUCUUUUCUGUUGGGGCUCAUUGCGCGCGCAUUGCUAAGCGUGCAGCCAGUGACGCUGAAUGCGGCAGUUGCUGCAGACCAGCAACUAGCACCGCUCGUUCUGGUGCAUCCGUUAGUUCUCGUCGGUGCGACACUCAUGCAGAUAUCGGCGCUGUCGUUGCUGCCUCUGCGGCAGCUGGAUGGCUGGCGUAUCCUAACAGCCAUCUUCGGCAGACGAGCGGCGAGUCUGCUUUCGCGCUUCACCGUGCUCUAUCUUCUAAUCGGGGCAGCGAGGUAUCCUUAUCUGCUCUUAUUUCUAACCGUGAUUCCGUUCGGGCCGUGGAAACUCGAUCGCCAGUGUCGGAAUGAAAUAUCGGAAACAGAUCGUAUUCGUCAGAUUGUAGGCUACAUUGUAAUCGUGAUCAUGAUCUUUGCAAUGUGCCCCUAUUCGAAGUAG